UUAGUCGUGUCCCGUUAAGGUCCCUUUCUAUUUAGUAAGCUGAAGAGUACAGUGCCCAUGUGAAUCUUAUCUGCUCUUGACUCCUGUGGUGUUUUAUAUACGUCUUCUCAACGGCAACAACGGAGAGGAAGUUUAUGAAUAAGCAGCAGAAGCCAGUGCUAACGGGCCAGCGGUUCAAAACCAGGAAAAGGGAUGAAAAGGAGAAGUUCGAGCCUACAGUGUUUCGAGACACCAUCAUUCAGGGUCUCAAUGAGGCUGGGAGUGACCUGGAUGCUGUAGCGAAGUUUCUGGAUGUCACCGGAUCAAGACUAGAUUACCGUCGCUAUGCAGACACCCUCUUUGACAUCCUGAUUGCAGGAAGCAUGCUUGCCCCUGGUGGCACUCGUAUCGACGAUGGAGACAAGAACAAGGUGACUGCUCACUGCGUCUUUACUGCAAGUGAGGAUCACAGCACACUCCGCAGCUAUGCUCAGGUCUUCAAUAAGCUCAUUAGGCGAUACAAAUACCUAGAAAAGGUGUUUGAAGAAGAAAUCAAGAAGCUUCUUCUGUUCCUGAAAGCUUUCACAGAGUCUGAACAGACCAAGCUGGCCAUGCUUACAGGAAUCCUAUUGGCAAACGGAACACUUCCUGCCACGAUUCUUACCAGCCUUUUCAGUGACAACAUAGUCAAGGAAGGAAUUGCUGCGUCCUUUGCUGUCAAGUUGUUUAAAGCAUGGAUGGUCGAGAAAGAUGCCAAUGCAGUUACCUCAUCUUUAAGAAAAGCUAACUUGGACAAAAAACUACUAGAAUUAUUCCCUGCCAGCAAGCAGAAUGUGGAGCAUUUUUCCAAGUACUUCAAUGAUGCCGGUCUGAAGGAGCUCUCUGACUUUCUGCGCACCCAGAAGUCCCUGGGAACCAGGAAAGAGCUGCAGAAGGAUCUCCAAGAGCGUCUCUCUCAGGAAUGUCCCAUCAAGGAGAUGGUUCUUUAUGUUAAAGAGGAAAUGAAGAGGAAUGAAUUGCAAGAACAAGCUGUUAUUGGACUCCUGUGGAGCUCCAUAAUGCAUUCUGUUGAAUGGAAUAAGAAGGAAGAGUUGGUUACAGAACAAGCACUGAAACACCUGAAGCAUUAUGCACCGUUGCUUGCUGUUUUCAGUACCCAAGGCCAGUCAGAGCUUAUUCUACUCCAAAAGAUUCAGGAAUACUGUUACGACAACAUUCACUUCAUGAAAUCCUUCCAUAAGAUUGUAGUGCUCUUUUACAAAGCUGAUGUCCUGAGUGAAGAAGCCAUUCUGAAGUGGUACAAAGAAGCACACGUGGCCAAAGGCAAAAGUGUCUUUCUGGAGCAAAUGAAGAAGUUUGUUGAAUGGCUUCAAAAUGCUGAAGAAGAGUCUGAAUCAGAAGGUGACGACUAAAACAAUAAUCAUAAAGACAUAGUCUAAAGCAGUCAACAUCUUUCAGUUGCCUCUGGCAGCAAAAAUGAUUUCACUCUAGCAGCUGAGGAGAAAUCGUAGGCUAGCCUUUUCCUUUAUAUUGCAGUUAAAAGGCUGUAUAUGGAGCCCUGUGGUAUCAAUUGCAUUGUGUGGGCCUCUGCCUCUGGCUCGUUGUGUUCUACAUUAGAAAAAAAAAACAUUAAUCUAGGAGCCGCAUAGAGGAAGUGAAAUGAAACUACAGACUCCUUUUCAUUAGCACUCUUUUCAUGUAUUAUGAGAACGCCCCAGUGUCUAUUGUAGUUUUCUUUUGUCUGUAUUUUUAUGGUUCAAUAUGGACUUGUGUAUGUUACUUGACACUUAAGAAUUUUUUUUUUUU